AUGUCUUACGCCAAACUAGACCUUCUCCAGGGGCAAGUGUACGAGCUUCUAGAAGAACUUCUUACCGUCAACCAAGGAAGCUCGAUCGAUGAAGUAAAGCUCGAGCAAAGCAAGAUCACCAGAAGAGUGAAUGACAUUCUAGUUCAAUACAAGGAGUAUCUUACUAUACUAAAGAAUAGGCUCAAAAGAGGCGGGAGAGACCAAUUGGCAGAGUUUGAGCUAUAUGAAUCCAAAUUAUCAUCCUUAAAAAUAAAGGUACGAUCCCUCCAAAUACAGGCCAAUGACUUGAACAUCGAAGCAGAACACAAACGGACUUUAGAGAAGUACGGCUUGAAUAAGAGACAGGACAAACAAUCACUCGAAAAUGCCAGAGACGAACUCUUUGGUGACAGAAGCUCUUCCAAGAAAGAGGAAUCAAAUGCAUCGACCGACCAACAAAUAUUAUCACACAACAAGAAGAUUACUUCCUCAUUGCAAGCAACAAGGGAAUUAAUGUCCAGCACAGUUUUACAGAGUGAACUAAACUUGGACUCGCUCGAUCAACAGACCAAGGAUCUUCACAAAUUAAAUGAAGACUAUGUCAGGUUUGCAGACUUACUCAAUAAAUCGAAACAAAUUGUCAAAUUCAUUGAGAAGCAAGACAAGUCAGAUCGGAAUAGAAUUUACCUUAGUUUAGGAUUUUUCAUGUUUUGCUGUGCCUGGGUGAUAUGGAGAAGAGUCUUGAGGACUCCUGUCAGAAUCUUAUUAUGGUCCUUCUUCAAAGUAUUCCGCAUAUUCAACUGGAUUUUUGGCACAACACAAGUUGCAGAAGCAUCUCCCUCUUCUACUGUUAGUGAAAUCGCAAGUACAGUGUUGACUGCAUCAAUCGAGAUGAUUUCGUCAGUUGAUUUCGACAAGGAAUUUGUCAUGGACCUUGACGUUACCCAGGCAAUUCAAACCACUACACAGUUAUUGAUGGACGAAUUAUAG